AUGCUGAAUGAACCUUCGGCGGAAUGCGCGGAAUGCGCGGAAUUCUUAAAGAGUAAGACUGACUGGACAGUCUUCUGCGGCGAGGUCGUUGUUGGCAUUAAGUUGACGUCGGGCGCUAUUAGUCUGAUCAAGCUACUCUACAAAACUGCCACUCAGGGCUUGGACGAUGUCCUUGACGAGUCGGCUGAGGGACCUUCGUCGCUCUUUGACGCCUUUGGCAUUAUAAGCGCUAUAUCCUGCUUCCGAGGCGUCUAUCACACAUUCGCCUUCUUCGUCAAGGGACAAGGCUCGGCUAAGAAAGUCGUCCUGGUUCUGGAUCUCUUGACAGUCUUUGCCAAUCUCGGCCUCUCCGUCGCUGUUGGUGUCGAGGAAACAAAGGCGGCGGAUUCGCGGAAGGACUAUGAUAAAGAGGCAACAGAAACAGACUUCAUCACUUAG